CCGAUGAUUUGCUUUGACCAAUCAGUGGAUGAAGGACUCCACGUCACAGCCUGGGGCCGACCAACCGGUGGGCGCCAGGUCAAGGGAUCCGCGGGAUGAGAGAAAAUGGCGACGAGAGGUGGAAAGAACGGGCUGCUGGAGAAAGUAAGCGGGUGGAAGAUCGAUGAUAAACCCGUAAAAAUUGACAAAUGGGACGGAUCCGCUGUGAAAAACUCUUUGGAUGAUGCAGCCAAAAAGGUUUUAUUGGAGAAAUACAAGUAUGUGGAAAACUUUUGUCUUAUUGAUGGCCGACUCAUUAUCUGCACCAUCUCCUGCGUCUUUGCUGUUGUCGCCUUAGUGUGGGAUUAUUUGCACCCGUUCCCCGAAUCCAAACCUGUCCUGGCCUUCUGCGUCAUAUCUUAUUUCUUGAUGAUGGGAAUCCUGACCGUUUAUACCUCAUAUAAAGAGAAGAGUAUAUUCCUGGUGGCUCACAGAAAGGAUCCUGCGGGAAUGGACCCUGACGAUAUCUGGCAUCUCUCCUCCAACCUCAAACGGUUUGAUGACAAGUACACCCUGAAGGUUACUUACAUUAAUGGGAAAACCAAGGCCUAUCGAGAUGCGGAAUUCACCAAAUCCAUUGCCAGAUUCUUCGAUGAGAACGGCACGUUAGUGAUGGACUUGUUUGAGCCAGAAGUCUCCAAGCUCCAUGACAGUUUGGCCAUGGAGAAGAAGACCAAAUAAGCUUUGGACCCAGGGCCUUUCUUAUGCUUAGAGGGAACCCCCAGAGGUGAUACAGUAAAGGAAUGUGCGUUCUUUCCCUGCCUCGGGGGGUGGAGCUUGUAGCGCUUUGCUCUUCUAAUGUCCUCAAUGGGAGGAGCCACGGGCAGCGAAAGGGCCAACGCUAAGGUUUUGUCCUGAAAUACUCCAGGGGUCCACCUAUUAGAAGUAGUUAUUCCAUCUGUCAUUUUGUUACAAUGUGCAGGAAUUGUGUGCAGAAAAGAGGCCACACACAUUCCUAUGAACUGCGUGAUUGAUUGUUUGUGUUUUGGGCCUCGGCUUAGUAUAAUUAACAUUAAUUACAACAGACUUUAUUGCCUAUAAAACACAUAUCUGAUAAACCAGUGUGUGGGACGGCUGAGAAUCACAUGGUUCUGACAAGGCAGUCGAGCCUCGCGGGUCACAUCAUUGCACGAAAAUCCCAGAAUUUGGCCGGGAAAAUGAUUCAGUGCAAGGCCAGAAUAGCUCCUACUGCGACAGACACGUUUCCCUUUUUCAGGUGGGGGGAUACACCUUCACCAACCUUUAUAGUUUAAUUUCUCCGCAAUCAUGUGUAUUUAUAUGGAGCUCAGGACAAAACCUUCGCUUUGCAGAAAUCUGUCCAUUCUUUAUUUUUUAUAUUUAUUUGGUGGAAUAAAAGCUUGUGUUGUUUCUGUUCACUGUCUGAGAGACAAAACCGAUGUAAAAGCUCAGCGUUCUCUUUAGGCCAAUAAAAAAGGAAUUUUUAUAUCUGUUA